CACUGGCCAGCAUGAUGCAAGCACAUACCUUCUGAAUACUGCCACAAAUUACAGUUAGUCUCUUUUUUCUUAGUGCGCUAUCGUGUCUUUUCUAUGGAUUACAACAUGCACAGGAUGGACAAAACUGUGAUUGUCGAGUUUCAGACUCCAGAAGGCGUUGUUGUCAAUUCUAAUCCAGUCAAUCCAUCUUCAGUCUUGAUCCGGCCUUACAAUUUACCAGAGCUUGUCAGUUUUGGGACAUGGAAGGCUGUGGCCAAAUAUGAACAUUCACCAGAAGAGAGCUAUACUGCAUAUUUUGAUGUCAGAGAAUAUGUGUUACCAAGCUUUGAAGUCCGUCUGCAACCAUCAGAUAAGUUUCUUUACAUUGAUGGCAAUAAAAAUUUCCACGUGUCUUAUCACCGCAAGGAAAAGCAAAGUUGUAUAAUUGGACCUUUACUUUCAUUAUGUCGUAACAGGUAUUUGUAUGGAAAGAAAGUGGAAGGUGUGGCCUUUGUCCUCUUUGGAGUGAAAAUAGAUGAUGCUAAAAAGAGUAUUCCGGACUCACUCACGAGAAUUCCGAUUAUUGAUGGAGAUGGGGAAGCAAUACUAAAAAGAGAUACACUACGUUCUCGAUUUCAAAAUCUCAAUCAGCUUGUUGGGCAUACUCUAUAUGCAUCUGUAACAGUCAUGACAGAAUCAGGCAGUGAUAUGGUAGUGACUGAGCAAAGCGACAUUCAUAUUGUGACAUCUCCCUAUCAGAUCUACUUCACAAAAACCCCCAAAUAUUUCAAGCCAGGAAUGCCAUAUGAACUGACGGUGUAUGUUACCAACCCUGAUGGCUCACCAGCUGCCAAUGUACCAGUGGUAUCAGAGGCCAUUCAUUCUGAGGGAACCACUUUGAGCGAUGGGACUGCUAAGCUCAUCCUGAACACACCACUGAACACUCAAAGCCUACCGAUCACUGUAAGUCACUCUGGCAUUCUGUUAAAUCCCAUUCAGUGUGCUGAUGAGAGGGAAUGUCGUAAGGAGGUGGAUUCCCAGGAGGGAGGGGGGCAUUGCAGAGGAGUAAGAGGCAUCUCACUCCGGAUGCUUUAUAUGAGAGAAAUAGGGUGA